AUUACGGUAGAAUGUCUUGUAUCAGUGUCAAUUUGUACUAUUGGCAUAAUUUUGGCAGCAGGCCCCUUGAAACCCAUUUUGAUUAAACAUGAGUUAUCAAAAAAGACGAUUGAUGAAAUUGACACACAUCCUUCAUUUAAUACCUUCAAUCAUCGCG